AUGACCUUAGGGAUCGCUUUUUUUGGUCUCGGGAUACUGCUCUUCUUUGAUGCCGGAUUGCUUGCUUUGGGAAAUAUUCUCUUUGUGUUUGGCUUGGGUCUAUUUAUUGGAGCAGAUCGCGUUAUGCGUUUCUUUUUCCAAAAGCAUAAGUUGAAGGGAUCAGCAUUCUUUUUUGGAGGAAUCAUCGUUGUCCUUAUUGGGUUUCCGCUAAUUGGUACACUUAUUGAGCUCUACGGAUCAUUCUGCCUUUUUGGUGGAUUGGUGCCGGUUACUAUUCAAUUUCUCCAAAAUGUUCCGGUCAUUGGUUGGAUCUUGUAUCUCCCGGGGAUAAACCGAGUACGCCUAUACUUCUAUUUAUUUCAGCAUUUCCGAAGCAAGACUCACCAAUUGAGAACUUACAAUGUUUUGUUUUAG